AUGUUCCGCCAGGCCGUCACUGCUUCCUCCCGAGCCCUUCGCGCCGCUCCCCGCGCCGCCGCCGCCCCUCGGCCCUUCAUCCAGUCGCAAUUCCAGUCGGCGCCCGCCUUCACCCUCAGAGCCGCCCAGCCCGCCGUGUCAAGAUGGUACAGCGAUGCGAAGGAGUCUGACUCUGCAAAGCCUGCCGAGGAGGCCAAGACGGAGACCAAGAAGGAGGAGAAGAGCGCCAAUGGCGAGGCCGACUCUGUUGCCGAGCUGAAGAAGGCCCUCGAGGCCAAAGAGACCGAGGCCCGAGACUGGAAGGACAAGUGCCUGCGCACUGUCGCCGACUUCCGCAACCUUCAAGAGCGCACCCAGCGUGAGGUCAAGACGGCCCGCGACUUUGCCAUCCAAAAGUUCGCCAAGGAUCUCGUCGACAGCGUCGACAACCUGGACCGCGCCCUGGGCAUGGUCCCCCAGGAGAAGCUCAACGUCGAUGAGAAGCCCGAGCACCUCCAGGACCUCGCCAACCUGUACGAGGGUCUCAAGAUGACCGAGGACAUCCUCAUGAGCACCCUCAAGAAGCACGGCCUCGAGCGCCUCAACCCCGAGGGCGACAAGUUCAACCCCAACGAGCAGGAAGCCACCUUCAUGGCCCCCCAGCCCGACAAGGAGGACAACACCGUCUUCUUUGUCCAGCAGAAGGGCUUCAAGCUCAACGGCCGGGUGCUGCGCGCCGCCAAGGUCGGUGUCGUCAAGAACAACUAA